AUGAACAACAUCAAACGGAUUAUUAAUUGUCUCUUUCAGCUGUUUGUGUUUACAGAUGGGGAAGUAGGAAAUACCAAAGCUGUUGUUGACCUGGUUAAGAGACAUGCUCACUCUCACAGGUGCUUCACCUUUGGCAUUGGGGAGGGGGCCAGCAGUGCACUGGUGAAUGGCAUGGCUGAGGGAGGCUCUGGACACCCACAGUUCAUCACUGGAUCGGAGAGAAUGCAGCCCAAGGUUAUGCAGUCUCUUCAGUUUGCCUUGCAUCCUGUGGCAAAAGACAUUGCAAUAAAGUGGAAUGUUGCAGCUGGGAUGACUGUAAAUCCACUUUCACCUCCUGUUAACAUGCUCUUCAACCUUCAGAGAGUCAUACAAUACUUCCAGCUAACAGAACAGAAUGCUAGUAAUAUCUCAGGCUCAGUGAGUCUCCAUUACACUGUGGAAGAUAAAGCUUUGGAGAACAAACUCGGCUUUAGUAUGAAGCCUAAGACUGAUGGCAGCAUGCUGCUGCACAGACUGGGGGCCCGAAAAGCCAUUGUGGACCUGGAAGGGAAGGUGAGAGAGGGAGAUGACAAGAGUGCGAAAGAGAGAGCAGUAGAGCUGAGCAUCCAGUCAGGAGUGAGCUCCUCCUACACUGCGUUCAUUGGAGUCAACAGGGACAACAAGGAGCCGGUCCAGGGGCCCCUACUGCGCAGAAACAUACCUGUUUGUCAGCCUAUGAUGCUCAAGAGGUGUAAAGUUCAACGUGGGAUGUUAUGUUCGGCUGUGCUUUUCGAUAAAAAGUGCAGGAAACCUGCGCCUCAAGCCUUGAGAUGCAUGAACUCUCCAAGGCCUCCAUUCAUGCAACAGGAAGAUUUCGGUAGAGUCGAGUAUCAGUCUGCAAGAUCCGUAGGCUUUAAGGUAAGAAGCAUACGUUUUUAA